CAUUCAAAAUUGCAGAAAGUUGAUGUCUAUUUUUGCGGCGAAAUAAUGGAUAUAACGAAUAAAAACUUUAAUCAAGAAUUUGAUAGCAUAAUCAAAUGUUUGAAAAAGUCUUGUUUCAUUGGCUUUGACGCAGAAUUUACCGCUAUAUUAUCGGGAGAAUGUUUUAAAUAUAGAUUGUUCGAUACUAAUAAAGAAAGAUAUGACCGAAUGAAGGAUGAAGUCUGUAAGAUGAUAAUGAGUCAAGUUGGUCUAACAAUGUUUCAGUAUGAUCGGGAUAAUGACAGAUAUAUCUCCCAUACCUACACAUUCCACCUCUGUCCCCAAGUGUUUGGUGAUAUCAAUCAGUCCUUUACAUUCCAAGCAUCAGCCAUUAGAUUCCUUUGUCAGCACAAUUUUGAUUAUAACAAGUUUACAUAUGAUGGUCUCCCCUAUAUGAGUCGAUCCGAAGAAGCUCAUAUAAAGAAACAGCUGAAGGAAAAAACACUUCUUAAUAAUCUGAUACAAGCAAUGGAAAUGAAUGAUGAGAGGAAACUUCAAAGCUACUGUUCCGAAGUCGCUAAAUGGCUCGUAAAUAGUACUGAUGACACACUAUACCUGGAUAUUGACAAUCCCAUCAUGAGAUACAUAGUGCACUGUGAAUUGAGGAAUCGCUUCCCAGAGGUCCUGACGACUGAUAGCUUAGGUAAUAGUCAUAAGGUCCUGAUAUAUAGAAAUGGUGACGUAGAUGGCGCCACCAGCGCUUCUAUGUCAACACUAGAAGGAAACCUAAUGAGUUACGUCCUAGGUUUCUCACAAAUCAUAGAGCUUCUAGAGGAAUACAAGAAACCAAUCAUCGGCCACAACAUGUUCCUAGACACAUUAUUACUACACAGCCAAUUCAUAGGUCCGGUGCCUAAAAGAUAUUCUGCAUUUAAGAAGAAUAUUAACAACCUAUUUCCUAAUAUAUAUGACACCAAGUACAUCUCACAUGAAAUGGGCAGGAAGCUGACACUCGAUGAAGUAUGGAAGUCUAAUGCACUGCAAGAUUUAUAUGAAUUCUUCUAUGAGGGUAAAUGUAAGAAGUUGCAGAAGGGUUUAAGUCAAAUAAAACUGAAUAUUCCAUUUGAUGUGAAACAAUCAUAUCACGAGGCCGGUUGGGAUUCAUAUUGCUCAGGUUACUGCUUCAUCCGCCUGGGCGAGUGGUCGUCCACAGAUCACCGGGGUACAGCUCGCCCAGCAUCCCCCAAUGAAAUAAUCUCAUCACUCUCAUCAUACUGCAACAAGGUCAACGUCAUACGAUCCGCUGUGGCUUAUAUGAAUCUCAUUGACGAGGACCCACCAAGCCACAGACCAGAGCUACUUCACAUUAGAUCUUUGAGGGAACCAGCAAUACGUAUGAGCCAGGUGUCGUCUCUACUGUCUGGUUUCGGUGCUUUGGAUAUAAAGCCUUACGGAGCAAGAACCGCUUUGAUAGCGGCUGGAACACAUCACACUGCCAACAAAUUAUUACGACACUUCAAUCACCACGAGGACUAUAGGAUCACUCCGUUCAAGCCCUUCCGACACUCACCAACGGGUCGCCUCGCAAUUUGGGGAGGUGCAUUAAUCACGGGUACCAUUGUCAUAUACUUCAUACAUAAAAAAGUCAACAAGUAAAUAUGCCUCGAUGGAACGACGAUUGUAAAUCAAAUAUAAUUUUGUUUCCUCAAGCGUUAAAUCAUUUAAAUGUUUGUAAAUUUUUUUGUAAAUACAUUAAGUGAAGCCUUAGUAAUAAGUAUACAUGGUGUUCAGUGUUAUAUAGCAAUAAAUCGUAAACUACCUCCAUCGAA